GGUUGUUUGUUUACGUGAGAAGUUGCCAAAUGUGAAAAAUUCUUGCUCAAUACAGCCAAUUUACUGGAUUUCUUUACGAGUUUAAUAAUGACAAGGUUUAAAAUCAUGAGUUAUGGCCGAGUGAGAAUGAUUUUUAAGCAAUGCUAGUAAAUAGAAUUUGUAAAUCUAGGAAAUUCACUUUUUUCUGCGUCAGCCUUGAGUUUCAAACUGCAUUGUUCAAUUUUCAAGUCAACUUCUGAUUAAUUCAAGGUCUUACAUCGUUCAUUUUUCGUUCUGCCGUUUUUAACAUUCUUUUUUAAGGUCGCAGAGCCAAGUUAAGGUUACAUUGAGCUAAUUUUAUAUAAAAAUGGACACACAACUGCACAAAAUGCCAGGGGACAUUGUACAGAGUACAGAAGAAAGUAAAAGUUACCAGGAUUCAGAAAAUGACAAAGGCUUGGAGGCCAUGGACAGCAAGACAGAAAAAAAUAACAAUAAAAAUAACAGCAAACCAAAAAGUAAAAGGCCGAGCCUCAGGGACCAACUUCUGCAAGGGUCAGAGUCUUCUUCCAUGCAAUCACCUGCCACGCAAAAUGUUAAGUCUAGGGACGGAGAGAAAUAUGGUCAGGAUAGAGAGUUACGGGAAGAACAAGAGAAAAGAACACGCAGCCAAAGAAAGAGAAAGUACCAGGAGAACUUUAGUUAUUACAUAGACGAGAGUGAUGCCCAGGACCUCAGUGGCGACUCGAGUUCUCAAGAAUACAAGCCCUCAGAAGAUGAGGAAAGUGAUAGCACAAAGAAAAGGAAAAAGAUGUCAGUUAGUAAGACAAACAUCCUGACACCUAAGGGCAAAGCAGGCAAUAAUCACAAACCAGUAAUGAGGAAACCUAAGAAAACUAAAGUGACAACUUUACACAACUCUAGCUCGAUGAACACUUUGGACAUGCCAGAUAUCUUUAACGAACACAUGAGAUCUCCACCUGCAAAAAUAUCUAGGAAAAAGAAGACUACAAAGAUUCCAGUCAAGAGAAAGAAAGCAGUAAGUGACAGAGAAGAUUCAGAGGCAGCAAAUGACUCUGUUGAAGAUGAUGAGUCCAGAGUCACAAAUAAUGGCAAGAAGAGUGCAGUAAAGUUUUCUAAUAAAAAUUCUAGAUAUGGUCAGCCAUACUCAAUAACAGGGAGUUGGUAUAUUGCUUCAGGCUAUCUGGAGGACCUGCUGGAGCUUCUGCAGCACUUUGAGAAUGUGAAAAGCUGGAGAUUUUCUACAUUUUCUUCCUGCUGGAGAGAAAUGAAGUUUUCUCUCAUAUAUAGGGGCCGUCAAAGUUUCAAGGAGUUAUUAGAAUUCUCGGAAGAAGUUGCAGAUAUCACUAAAAGGUUCCUGUCCCCUACCCAUAGCAUGAAGAUGAGAGUGGGGGCUCUGUAUACCUUGUAUGGCCUUUACUAUAAGCAUCCUAUAAGGCAUUUCUUCAAGAUUCGUAUUGUAAAGGAUGAGUACUACCACCUCCUGGAGUUGGUCGAGCCCUUCCGCUGUAAGGCAGAAAAUCCCGAUCCUGCAAUUUUAUUCCGCACUUUGGAGACAGAUGGUGCUUUUUACCACACUGCAACUACACAGGAAAUGUGUUUGGACUUCCACUCUGCUGAACGUGAGGAAGUGGGCCUGAAGUAUGAGCUUCAGCGCAUUGUCACAACGUCUGCAGUUAGCCUAACCAUGCCCAUGGAUGUUCUUGAUACAGAUGAAGCUCUGAUGCAACAUUAUGAUAAGCUUAAGACUGCUGUUUUAAAUACAAAGUCACCUGGAAAAGCUUUAUCAAUGGUGGAUAAAUCAGUCACAUCAGAGGUGAAAAAUGCUGUUUUGAAGUUAAAUGAGGAUCUCUUAGUUGCUGUAGGAAUUAAGAACCCCUUCGAAAGUACAAAUGAAGCUCAACAGACAAGCUGGCUAUCUGAUAUAGGACGACGACGAUCUGAAGUCCGAAAUAAAGCUGUCAGCUCAUCUACAGCAGAUGUGUAUGUAAAAACCCGGGGACUCCUUGCCAAAGAAAAGUGUAACUCCAACCUAAUAUUGAGGGGAGGCAAAAUACAGCACCUUAAAGGCUGUAGGACACAAACCAAUAACCCAACAGAGGAAGGGAUCACUGAUAAUGAAAGUGAUGUAGAUAAGACACCUACCAGCAGUAACAACAAAAAAGCAUCAAGAGCAUCCCGCAAUGUAAUAGGACAAAUACUCACAGAUAAGAAGAUUAGAAAUUACAUGAAACCACCAUCAGCAGAGGUCACCAAUAUUCCACUGAGAUCAAUGGGAACCAUAAAAGCUGUACCUAAAGCUAGGAAAAAGGGGUACAAACACACACUAUCAGACGAAGAGGAUGCAGAUGACCCCCUCAAGAUGAGUGAAGGGGAGAGUUCAUGUGACAAAGAUAUAUCCAUUCCAGAGCACAAGAACUUCAGUGGUGGGACAAACAACCCUCUUAAAGUACCCAAGUCAGAGAAACGAUAUAAAAGAAGAGGCAAGACUGGAAAGCCACGGGGGAGACCUAGGAAGGUCCCUCUGCCUCAAAAUCCAUUCCCAGCAAAAGCAGUUGAUGUUAUUCAGUCUGACUCUGACAAUCAAAUUGUAACUCCUGACACAUCAGUCGCAAUGCCUCUAAAAACAGAAGAGCAACAGGAUGACCAGAGGAAUGAAAUCAAGGAUGACCAUAAUAAAUUCAUGAUUUUAAAUGUACAAAUAUGCAGUGAUAACAUUAAUAACCAGUCAAAGAAGUUGAAGAUCUUGAAAAGUGAUUGGAAAGCCAUUUCAGAAGAUGAAAAGAAACUUUUUGAACUGAAAAGAAAGUUACUUGGUUUGAUGUUACCAGGGAGAGAGAUAACAGACAAUAAUGUGAGAGACAUUUACACUAAGAUGACAGUCACAGAAUCAUCUGUUGAAAAUAGAAACUCCUCAUCUUGUACAAGUAAAGCCAUGGAACAGACACCAGAGCUGAUGUCAGAAAGUAUGACUUCAAAAUCUCCCCCAAAUAAGAAGGGGCAAAGUAAUACCCAGGGCAACACUGUCACAGGCGUGUUACUAAUGCCAGUGAAAGUGGGUGGUGUGACACGUCUCAUUCCAGUGCCAAGCUCUGCAAUAAAACAAAACAAAGCCAGAAUGUCAGUGCCAAAACCUGACACCAAAAACUCUCUUGUCUCUGUGCCUUGUUGUACCACAUCUCCAGAUUUGUAUCCUCUGAUCUCGAAAAAAAUUAUGCAAAUUGCUACCCAAACAAAUGGAGAUCAGGUAACAAAUACUUCUCUACCUGGAGAUGAACUAGAUUCAGUGAUGAAAUUGGGACCUCAGCUCCCUGAAUUAGACUCUUUAAACCUUGAUCCAUUAUUUUUGGAAAAGCUACCAAUAAGGAAAAGAGAAGUUUUAUGCCAGCAAGUCACUACUGAUACUUCACCCAUAAAACAAGAUAUACAAGGUCAUGGUAAUAAGGAAAAUACCAGAGCAACAUAUACAGCAGGAACUAUAGCCUACAGUGCAAUGGAUUCACUUGUGAAUGAUGAAGUCUGGAACAGUGAUGAAAAUUCUGAUCUACAAGGGGAUUCAGAUUUUCAAACAGAAGAUCCUCUGUAUCUUUCUAAAAAUGAAGUCACCAACAAUAAUUCACCUUUAAGUUCUGAUAAUGUAUAUACUUCACCAAAGAGCCAAAGAGACACUUUAACAAGUACAAACUCUUUAGAGUCAAUAAAAUUAUUACCAAGGGUGAUACAUUCAAGUGACCUUGGCUGAACAACCCCUCAGCUGAAGUACUGCCCUGCCCUUUUGCAGACUUUAAAUACAAGAGAACAAGGACAGACCAGUAGAUACCCAGUACAAGUACCUCCACUAAGCAUACCUCUUCAAGCUGUCAUGCAACACCCUGAUUCGAAUCUAGUACAUUUACCUCAACAUGUUACUAUCAUGUCUGACUCUACUCCCUUUGCAUUAGAGAUGCCUCCCAUUGUUCCAGUUCAAGAAAUUGCCACAAGUAAUGCCUUUGUACCCUCCCAAGCAACAUCUGAUUGUGUAACUUUACUUGCACAAGGAGUGCCUAGCAGUUCCUUCACAUCGCAACAUGUGGUUAGUCCUCAGGGAUCAGCACAAUCCUGUAACAGUCCUGUAAAUCAUAUAUUGAGGCCCUCAACCAGUGGUCAUCAUGCAGAAGUGCAGCACAAUCUUAACAUGAGAUGUGUUCCAUUGUUAUAUGAGUCACAGUACAUAACACGAAAUGGUACACCAUCAAAGGUAUCAGAAGUUCCAAAGAUUUUAAAUAUAGCAAUGCAGACCACUCCUUAUAGUGAAAGAUUGACAAAUACAAAGGACAUCGAGCAAAAUGUGGAUGUUGGGGAUGAGAAAAAGAUGGGAGGAAACAUCCAUUCACCAAAUCAAUUACAGACACCCAGACAAAUCUCCAGAGCCAUUCCCUUCACCUCUCCCAAGGAAGUAACCAGAGAAAGAGAUCUACCAGGGGAAGUUAGUAACCACGGUUCAAAUAAACUUCCCAAGCAGACCACAGAUAAUUGUCAGUGGGAGAGACAAGGAGCCUGGAGCAGCCCUGUGUGUACAUUUUUGUACUCUCCAAAAUACAAAGCUCUUUCUAAAUUAAAAGGAGCAGGAGGAAUUGCUACUGGCACACCAGUUCAGUUAAAAGAAAAGCCUCGAGUCCCCUUCAUUCUAAAGCAUUCACUGGUUCAGAAACGUAAGAAGUAGAUUUAGUUUUCUUCUUCUCUCUUUUUAAGAAAUAUAUUAAUAUUUCUAGUUAUGGAAGGAAAAUAUAGUUUUUUUGUUUUUUUAGCUUAGGAAAUAUUUUAUUAAAUACUUAUGUCAUAUAUUCAGAGAUCUGUCUUAAUAUUUAAGCAAAAGGAUACUCUUCAUCUGUGAAAGAACUAUAUUUUUACUCUUCAUUUGAUGACUGUAUAUUUUACUCUUCAUAUUUCUUUCAGUAUAAAGGCAAAGAGCAUGUUAAGUCAGCACAUAAAAGGCAUACAAUUUUAGUUAAUAUGAAUAAUGUAAUGGUACCAAGUUUUUUCCUGUUUGUUGUGGCUCCCAGUCUUCCUGCCUUUUAACUCUCAAUAUAGUAAUUAAAGUCUAGCAUUUUUCUGAGUUAAAUAUGAUACAGAGAAACCAGUAAAAUUACACAUAAUAACUACAUCUUUCUCUCCAGUACUAAAUUAAAGUAGCAAUUUUACAAAGGGAUAGAAGAUAGGUAAGUGUAUGUGUGGGUGUACUUACUGUCUCCAUAAAUAUUCAGAAAACGAUAGAUUGGUGCUAUAAAAAGGUCUACAGAGAUUUUUCCCAUCCUUAGUUACUGAUCAUUAGUAUGCAAUUUUUUUCUCUCUUUCUCUUCAGAAAUAUUUUUAUUUAUAAAAAAAGAUAUCCUUUCUGUUGUUGUUUUUUUCUUCUUUUUUUGUAUUAUCCAAGGAUAUUGUACAAGAAAUGUCAUUAUUAAUGCAGGCUUCUGGUAUAUUGGCAUAGAUUUUUCUUCAUGAAUGUUGUAAGUUUUAUAUGGAAAUUAUACUUUUUUAUAUUAAAGUGGUCUACAAGAACAAAA